AUGUCAGCACACGCAGUUAAGCGAAGGAAAUUGAGUCCUUCGCCCACAAACGACGCCUCAGCGACCCAGUCGAAAUCUUCCGCCGGCGCAACUACGACCGAGAAACCAGCUCAUGUUCCUGCGCGAAAGAAUGACCACUCCUCGAAGACAAACUCUGCUCACCGGGCAAAGGAUGAGCGCACUGCAGAGCUGGCAAUGGCCAGUGGCUUCUACAAGUCCGGCUUCUUCAAGCUGCAAGUCGAUGAGCUGGUGAGCGGGUUGAAAAUCAACUACGACAAGCGGAUCUCCAAAGUCCAGGAUACCCUGCACAAGGUGAAGAAUGCGAUCGAAAGCCUGCCUGAACUCUCGCCGAAAUCGAUCGCGGACGCCGAAAAGGAGCUUCGAACGGCUUCUGGAAUCGUUGUGCCAUGGCCCGAACCGCGCCCAAGCAAGGAUGUUAAGUACACUGUGUCGUAUGCGAAGCCAACCAACAUCAAUGUGGUGGGAAGCUUUGGGCUGAGAACUGGAGCCAAGACUACCGACUCUCGUCCAGUCGACCUGGCGGUGACGAUGCCUGGCUCCAUCUUCCAGGAGAAGGACUAUGUCAACUACCGCUACUUCCACAAGAGAGCCUACUACAUUGCUUGUCUGGCAGCUGGUAUCCAAGAAACCGUCAACAGCCUUGGGCUGGAUGUCAAGUUUAGCUUCCAAGAUGGAGACAGUCUCCGCCCAUUGAUUGUGCUGGAGCCUCGUUCGUCAAAAGAUGAGAAGACGCCAUCACAGCCCCAGAUCCGGAUUCUGACUGCAAUUGAUCCAAGUUUGUUCCCGGUUACACGCACGCUCCCAAUGAAGAACAACAUCCGUCAAGGUCCCUCUGCCGAUACUACGGAAGCCGGUGAACCGACUUCCUACUACAAUGCUAGUCUUCGAUCCGAAGCCGCCGUGUCUCUCUACCACAAAUACCUCCACUCCGCCUCUCAAAAAUGCGAAUCCUUCCGCGAUGCCUGCAUUUUGGGACGCACUUGGCUGCAACAACGCGGAUUCAACACCUCAUUCCAAAAGGGAGGAUUUGGAGGUUUCGAAUGGUCCGCCCUUAUCUCGCUGCUUUUCGAAGGCGGUGGACCCUCUGGACAACCGAUUCUCCUGCGGUCUUACAGCAGCUAUCAGAUAUUCAAGGCGACGAUGCAAUUCCUUGCUGGUCGUGACUUGUCUACUCCUUUGCUUCUGUUUACCUCGGAUGUCCCUGUUCCUGAUGGCGGGCCCGUUCUUUAUGAUGGCCGCCGAGGACUGAACCUUCUGUAUAAGAUGACCCCAUGGUCGUAUUCAGUUCUCCGUCAAGAAGCUACAACUACUCUAAAGAUGCUGAAUGAGUCUCGUGAAGACAACUUUGACAGGGUCUUCAUUGUGAAGGUUGAUGAGCCAGCCUUGAGGUUUGAUCGUCUCCUCACUUUCCCCAAGUCAUUUAACGGUGACACUCUUCGUUCUCUGCACGACCAAAAGUCAUUGUAUCAAGUACUUUCAAGGGCUCUUGGAGAUCGAGUCAACCUCAUUUCUUUGACCAGCCGCUCUUCCAAUUCAUGGCCUGUCAAAUCCAAGGCUUUGAACAAGAAGGCGAGCCAUGACUUGUCCGUUGGAUUGAUGCUUAAUGGCGAGAACGUUGGUAGGACAGUUGAUCAUGGACCGGCCGCAGAAGAGAAGGAGGAGGCUGCUUCUUUCCGUGCCUUCUGGGGAGAGAAAGCAGAACUGCGUCGAUUCAAGGAUGGUAGUAUCGUGGAGAGUCUUGUCUGGUCCGAUCAACCUGACGAAGACUCUAUCGUGCAUCAGAUUUUGGCUCACAUCCUGCAACGGCAUUUCAAGAUUGCAGACGAAGACUUUUUCCUGCACGGUGAUGAGUACGAUGACAUGCUGUACGACGAAGGAGAUAGAGUCAUCUCAUACUCCAACUCACCUUUCCAGUCAAUCAAUGAUGCUUUCGGCGAAUUGGAGCAGUCACUUCGGAACAUGGAAGAAGUUCCAUUGUCGAUUCGACAUGUUGCUCCCGCCAGCCCUCUGCUUCGUUAUGCAGCCCUUCGAGUGCAGGGUGCCGACGGAGACAACGAAGCGGCUGAUGUUGUCCUCCAGUUUGAAAGUUCAUCACGUUGGCCCGACGAUUUCGCGGCUAUUCAGAUGACCAAGGCGGCUUUCCUCGUCAAGAUUGGAGACUCUCUCCAAGCUGCAGGCGCAGCAUCUUCUUGCCGCGUUGGUCUGGAGAAUGAGUCCAGCAAGGUGCUCAACAGUUUCUAUCUUGAUAUUUUCCACUCUUCGGGAUUCACUUUCCGCCUGAGGAUUCACCAUGACCGUGAGCAGACUCUGUUGGAACGCCAGCUCAAGAACAAGUCUAUCAGCCCUCGGGAACGAGAGGAGGUCGCAUUUGCACUUUUCUCAUACAAGAAGGUGUUCGUCCAAACCCCUCGCUUGACGCAAGCACUCCGAAGCCUUUGCACCCGCUUGCCAUUGCUGUCGCCUACCAUCCGGUUAGUCAAGUACUGGUUUGCCUCCCACCUGUUCUCUGCUCAGAUCAGCGAAGAGUUGAUUGAGUUGAUGACAACCCGAGCCUUCACCCAGCCCUAUCCCUGGGAGACCCCCUCGAGCAUCAUGACCGGAUUCCUGCGGACCCUCCAUUUCCUCUCCCGAUGGGAUUGGCAGCAAGAACCCUUCAUUGUCGACCUCAGCGGUGAUCUCAACCCGGACGUGACCGAGACUAUCAAGACUCGGUUUACCGCCUGGCGCAACAUUGACCCAGCGAUGAACACCGUUGCGCUGUUCGUCGCUUCGGACCUAGACACAGAGGGUGUGACUUGGACGCAGUACGAGAUGCCCUCGAAGGUUGUGGCCGGCCGCAUGACUGCGCUGGCCACGGCAGCAUUGAACCUGCUCCGCAAGGAACAUGACGAGCUGGAUGUAGCCGACUUAUUCCACACCUCACUUGCGCCGUACGACUUUGUAAUUCACCUGCGCUCGAAGCCCCUCGACGACCGAUCUGGCCCGGCAUCUAAAUACAAGAACCUAGCCGACGCCAAUGCCCCCGGCCGCGCAGGUAAACUGGCAAUCGUGAAGUCCUUCGUCCACGACGUCCAGGCAUGCUACAACCAAAGCAUUCUCCUCUUCCACGGCGACGAGCGCUCCGGUGUCAUUGCAGGUCUAUGGAACCCCCAGAUGCUGAAGCCCCGUACCUGGAACCUGAAGACUGCGUACUCGACAGCGCCAGCGCUUGUGUCCGGUUCUCCAGAGAAGCAGGAUAGCGUGAUGAUCAACCAGCCCGCGAUUCUGAACGAGAUUGCCCGUCUAGGCGAGGGCCUCAUCGAGACAAUCGAGAUUACAGGCUCCAAACAAUAA